CGCCCAACCUGUGGCAUGAUUCACCAAAGAGAAAUUCCCAGCCUCGACACACGUUUUAGCACGAGUCUCCACCGGCACCGGCUCGCCACAACGCCACUGGUGCCUUCCCGAGAUGCCGUUCUACGCUGUUGCCAGGGGACACAGCCCGGGAGUGUACACUUCAUGGCCUGAUGCCCAAGCUCAGAUUAAUGGCUAUACGGCAGCCCGUUACAAGAAGUUUGAUACCAAAGAUGAAGCUGAAGAAUUUGUCAGGGAAAAUGCUCUCAACAAGCCAGUGGUAGACCGCCGUGAGAAGGCAUCAGGCGACGCCCAAGUUGAAGGGAAAAGAAAACGAGAUGACGACGAGGAAGAAGAGGAAGCCCAAGGAGAGAAGAAACUGCACGUGGACGAAGGAGAAAAGAAAUCUGAGGAUGGCUUAUCUUUAGACGACGAAGGCUACCUUGUGGUUUACUCUGUCGGAGUGUGCGAGUUCCAUGGGAAGAGCGGGCAGAAGUCUGGCUGCGGCGUCUUCUUUGCCGAGGAUCAUGAGCGGAAUGUGUCCGUGCCUUUGAAGGGGAAAGCCUCCAACAACGCAGCAGAUAUUCAGGCAGCCACUCAUGCACUCAUAACUGCUAAAGCUGCUGGUUACGAAAAGGUGGCAGUCCACACCGACUCACAGUUCAUGAUCAACUGCAUGACCUCAUGGCUGAAGAACUGGAAAAAGAAGGACUGGAAGAAGAGCGACGGAGAGUCCGUGAAGAACAAGGAAGAACUGAUCGAACUGGAUAAGGCUACGGAAGGACUCGCCGUGAAAUGGAUUCACGUGAAGGCAAAAUCAGGAAUCGUCGGUAAUGAUGAGGCUAGGAAGCUGGCCAAGGUCGGCGCUAAACAGUACGAAGCUGAUGCUUAAUACAAUUAUUCCAUGAUAAAGGGUUCAAAAUUUUGUGAUGUUUUACAGUUCAUCACUUAUUGCAGUUUUUUCUUAUUAACAUCAUUUAUCUCUGUUGUCUCACUAUCAAUCGUGCAGUGGAAGAAAGAGGUUUAUAAAGAUGGUGUUUUGAAGUAUCUCUUGCUCAGAAGAAAGCUUAAAUCAAGCCAAAACAAAUAAUGAUAAAAAGUCAAGAUUUUCCACUGCAUUUUUGCUUCAUUCAUAAGUAUCUCAUUAUGCCUUCAUGUCUUGAAUAUCUGUAUGCAAUUCCUCACCCUCGAACUUAUCCAGAUGCCGAUCUCCGUAAAAAAAAUAAUAAAAAAAGUGUCGCGGGACGAAUGGAAAGAAUUUACUCCAGUCCAGACGUGGCUCGAUUUCCGCCUGGCCGAGAUCUGGAUAAGCAGAGGGUGCGCGAAAGCAACUUAGGUUGUGAACACUGCCAGCGAUGUUAUUGGUGCUACUCAGUCGUUGUCUUGGCAUUUAAUUGGCCUCCAGAAAAUAAGCUUUAAAUGCAAGGUGGAAGGACUUGUAAUAUUAAGAACAGAUGGUCUAUUCUUCCAGAAAUAGUUCUAGUUUUAUAUAUUAUCAUUAUACAUUGUCAGUAAGAAAGAAAGUAUGUAAAGAAUUAGAGGGAAAAACAAAUCCCACGGUCUGGUAAAGUUGAUGACCUAAAAACAAUGAGGAAUUAUGAAUAAAGUUAUCCCUGUAUUCUCUUCUUCUGUUUCUCCUUCUUUUUUUUUCUUUUUUCUUCUGUUUCUCCUUCUUUAUUGUCUUCUUUCUUCUUUUUCUUCUUUAUUGUUCCUUUUUUUUUUCCUUCAUGUCCUUCUCUUACUGUAUUUCCUCUUCCUGCUACAUCAUUCUCUUCAGUCUCAUUUCCCAUAUUUCACCUUGCAUAUUUUAUAUAGUAACUGAGAAAUAGCAGAAAAUUAAUGCUGUUUGGUGGCAGUUUUUUUUUUUAAUUUGUUGGUACUCUUUGAUGAUUGGUUAUACUUUUAUUUACUUUUUUUUUUGGUAAAGGAAAGGUAUUUUUCUUAAAUUUAAUGACCAUAUUGUGCAAUGUAUUACUUAGUAUAUAAUUUAAAAGAUAAGUUACCUUUCAAAAUGUAGUUUUGAAGUUGUGGAUACUUAAGAAUUUUUUUGUUUAAAAAAAAAUGUUAAAUAUCAGAGAGUAUAAUUUCACUACUAAAUUAAAAAGAAUUGUUUGUAAAUCUUGGUAGAUCACCAAGCUAUUGUGGAACUUUGUAAUGAUUUAUUUAUUUUAGGGAAUUAUUCAUAUCUUCACUUAAAUUUGUACUAAGCAUUCUUUCAUUAGUAAUUUGUAGCUUUCAUGUUCUAUGGAUGAUAAAGCGAGAAAUGUUAUUCCAAGAUUGUAUUAAGAAUACUCUUUUAUUCUUGAUUAGUUCAUGAGAUCAUUUGCUCUGUAUGUGUGUUUAUGCCAUGUUUUAUGUUACACUGUUCGUAUUAGUUAUGUUUGUUUGGAAAGUUAUUCACAUGAUAUGAAUAUUGUGUUGUUUGUGCAUUCAUUUUGACAGCUGAGGAGUGACUGAUAAACGAAGGCUAUUUUCCAAAGGUUUUAUUUUUCAUGUUUUAUUUAAUUUAUGUAAUCUGUUGGCAAUAAAAAGGGAAAUUGCAGAAGGCUGUAUUAAACCUAACAGAUAUAUGGAGAUGAGUGUAAGCAAUGUUAUGUAUGGUAGCCAUUCUUCUAUUAAUGUUUGCAGGUAUUGGUGAUGGUUUUGUGUGUUGAUGCAUGCAAAUGAUAAAUAACAUACUGUAUGUACUUACCAAAUAUGCAUUUUUGUGCCCCAUAGUGUUGAACUGUUAUACUCUGUUUAUUUAAUUUUAGCUAACAAACUAUUUGCUUUAUGCAGAAUAAACAAAAUGUUUCGUAUAGAAUUUUGCAAAAGCUACCUCUUUAUUGCUUUAAUUAACACAGUAUUGUUAUUUAGCAUUUAUUUUCUUAACUGAUGAACAAAUAAGGAUCUUAACCAUAUUUUUAUUUUCAAAGUUUUGUGUAUUUUUUAUGUUCCUGUACAAAAAAAAUUGUACCUCUGGAGUGUUUUCCUGAGUUAACUUUAACCUGUGUGUUAUCCUAUUCCAGAGGGCAAAAGAUCUGUUCUUUAUCUCUAUUAAAAGAAAGUAAAACA